UAGAGAAGCCCGUCUGGCCGUCUCCCCCUCCCUCUCCGCGUUCCCCUUCCUCCUCUGCCGCCUAGCUGGUGCCUCCUCGCAACUUGCGAUUCCCAAAUCCCGAUGCGCCCUCGCGAAUAGCACUUCCGCGUCCGCGUCGGCGCCCCCUCCCUCCACCAUCGCCCGCCUCGUCCACUCGCCUCGCCCCCCUUCUGCUGGGCCCACCGCCCCCGCCGCCGCCGCCCAUGACGUCGCCGUCCUCGCACCACCCGGACACGUCCUCGGCGUCCUCCACCCCGCGCGCCGGGGCCGGCAACGGCGGCAACAACCACCUCCACCCGCCGCCCCUCCCGCCGGCCCCCGCGCCCACCCCCGCCGCGCAGGCGCACUGGGGCCCGCAGGUGCGCCUGAUGUGCAGCUUCGGCGGCCGCAUCCUGCCGCGCCCGGGGGACCGCCAGCUGCGCUACGUCGGCGGGGAGACCCGCAUCGUCUCCUUCCCGCGGGCCGCGGCCUCCUUCGCAACCCUCGUCGCCGCGCUCGCCAAGGUGGCCCCGGCCCUCUUCGCCCCGGGCGUGCCCAGGCCGUCCCUCAAGUACCAGCUGCCCCCCGACGACCUCGACUCGCUCAUCUCCGUCAGCUCCGACGACGACGUCGACCACCUCAUGGACGAGCUUGACCGCCUCCACGACGAGACCGCCGCCGUCGCCAGGCCGCCCCGCCUCCGCGUCUUUCUCUUCGCGCCCGCGCCCGACGCCGCCUUCGGCUCCGUCCUCUCGGGCACCGCCGGCGACGCCGCCUCCACGGACCAGUGGUUCGUCGACGCGCUCAACGCCCCCGCGCCGCACCCCAUCGAGCGCGGCCGAUCCGAGGCGUCGUCGAUCAUCUCCGAGGUCCCCGACUACCUCUUCGGCCUCGACACCGCGUCCGACGAGCCCAGCCCCGGCCCCGCCGCCUCCCGCACCAAGUCCGACGCCGCGGAGACUCCGCGCCAACACGGCGACGAAGACGACGCGCUGGCUCCCGCGCGCCAGGCGCCGUACGUCGCGGAGGGAGCGUCGCCGUGGCCAGCCCCGCCGCCGCCGUACAUGGCGCAGCCCGUGUACUACUUCCCGGUUCCGCCACCGGUCCACUACCUCGACCCGUCUGCGCAGGGCGGCUACAUGCCUCGACCGGUCUACCACAUUGUCGGUGGCGGAGGAAGCGAGGUGCCCGGCGGAGAUCUCCACACGGCCGGCGGCGUCUACGGCGUCCCACAACACAUGCAGCCGUUCCCGCCGAUGAUGUACGCGCCGCCGCGCGCGGUCGUUUACACGGCGGAGGGGAAGCCGUUGCAGCCUCCGGAAGGUGGGGCCCAAUCUUCUUAGGCGCCUUGGCUGCUCAUGGUUAUUGGAAUGGAGAGCCGCUUCUCGUUUCUGGAUCCUGAUCAUUGCAGACUUCUUAAGCUAAGGAUUUUUGCAUUGCUGCGAGCGUGGUGAAUUUUAUUUUUUUUCGUCUGGUUCUUGCUGGUUGGUGUAUAGAUGAGGGAGGUGGAUGAUGGAUGGAUAUUGCGAUUUUCGUCGAGUGGAAAUAUAUUACUUAUGUAGUUAUAUGAUACUAUGAUAGUGUAGUAUUCAGUGUGAUUAGUACCCAAGUUAAUGUAAUGUGGAUUCAUAUAUUCUAGGUGGCUAUGGAAGACAAAUUUUGGGUGUUUUAUCAUAUAUAAACAGGAGGUUGGGUGAAUGUUCUAAGCAAUGUCUUGUAAAAUGUUACAUGUGGAGCCUUGGUUUCUGAUGGCUGGUUUGCUGAAUUACAGAUCAUUGGACUUCCCAGCAGUU